CAGCGUAAAACUUCGUGUUUUUUGAACGGCACCGAAUCCAAUCCCUCAUCCUCGUAUUAAGAUUUUCUUCCCUGGGAAAAGCAGCUAAAAAAGGUAGAUGCGUAUAUAUAUAGUGAAAAAACUAAGAAGAAAAGUGUUUGUUACUACUACUACUAUGGAUCCUUGUCCCUUUCUUCGCCUCAUAGUCCAAUCCCUCUCUCUCAAACUCCUUCCUUCUCCAACUAAACCCCUCCCACUUUCCGGUGUACACCCCUCCACCACACCAUGCUUCUGCAAAAUCCGCAUUUCAUCUCUUCCCUCCACCACCGCUCUCCUUCCACUCUCUUCCACCUCUUCAACCACCUCCUCCCCCGCAUUCCAUUUCGACUCCGCCGCUCUCCGUCGUCUCUCUGGUAAACCUCUCACUCUCUCUGUUUCUGUUUACAACGGUCCAAUGAGCCGUAACUGUGGCGUCCGAAGUGCCAAGCUACUCGGACGUGUACUCCUCCCUAUUCAAUUACCAAUCUCAAUCUCUUCUCCCAUUACUUUCCAUAAUGGCUGGUUCAAACUUAACCAUGAAACAGACGAUAAACCGUCGCAUUUGCUUCAUCUUCUGGUCCGGUCUGAACCGGAUCCGAGAUUCGUGUUUCAUUUUGGUGGCGAACCGGAGUGUAGUCCUGUCAUUUUUCAGAUUCAGGAGAAUAUUAAACAACCGGUUUUUAGCUGCAAAUUUAGUGCCAAAUCACAGCCUCUUCCAUCAGAUUUUACAAACAAUAAUUCAAGUAGAUGGAGAAGAUCAUUGAGAGGUGAUAGAGAACAAAGUGGACAGCUAGGGAAUGAGAGAAAGGGUUGGAUGAUAGUAAUUCACGAUCUAUCAGGCUCACCCGUUGCUGCAGCCUCAAUGAUCACACCGUUUGUUCCAUCCCCUGGCUCAGACCGUGUGUCACGAUCAAACGCAGGCGCGUGGGUUAUUCUCCGCCCAAUCGGAGGCUCUACCGUGAGUAGCUGUAGCUGGAAGCCAUGGGGCCGUCUCGAGGCAUGGCGAGAGAGAGGUCCUAUAGAUGGCUUGGGCUACAAGGUGGAGCUUUUCUCUGACAAUGGACCUGUCAAUGCAAUACCAAUUGCUGAAGGCACACUGAGUGUGAAAAAGGGUGGCAAAUUCUGCAUUGAUUCUGCAAUAUUGGGAUCAAAGUGGUUACCUGGUGAAGGUUUUGUGAUGGGUUCAACUGUGAGUGGUGAAGGAAAAGUGAGUGCACCAGUUGUACAAGUUGGGGCACGGCACGUAACAUGCAUGCCAGAUGCUGCUCUUUUCCUUGCUCUCUCUGCUGCUAUUGAUCUUAGCAUGGAUGCUUGCAAGCUUUUCUCACAUAAACUUAGAAAGGAACUUUGUCCUGAUCAACAAUACUCUUUUUCAUAACUUCCAUCAAAUGAAUUGAUUGAUUUUCAAUGCUUGCAGGUUAUUUUUUAACCCCUGAUUUUGUCCAAGACUCUAAGCACAUAUUGUGAACAUUUUUUUGGUUCAAUUUGGGAUUGGAGUGCUUGAAGCUUUAGCUGCUAUGGUUUGUUAAAGUUUUUUAGUCACACAGUUACAAAAAGAUCAUAUUAUAUCAUAUCAUAUUCAUAUAUAUACAAACUGCCAGUUUUGAAUUUUAUUACCUUGGUCUUGAGUUUGGUCUACUGCUUAAAAGUUUAGGGGGAGAGUGAUCACAAUUCAGUGUAAUUAGAUGUAAGUUUGAAUAGAAGAUUUGAACUGUACAGAAACAUUAAAUGCAAAUGUGUGUUUAUAAUCUAUAAAUAUAAGUCUUGUUGAUGA